AUGGCAUCUCGGGAUACCAGCCCCGAGAAUAUCAACUCAGUCGCCGAGAGGCCUGGAAAUCUUUUUGAUGCGCCGCCACGGUCGGCCUUGAUCCAUGCAUGCAACGCAAGGGGCUCAUGGGGAGCAGGAAUCGCACGAGAAUUCGCACUGAAAUAUCCAUGGGCCUUCACUGAGUACCGGAAGCAUUGCUUGAAAUGGAAGGGCGAGAACAAAUUUCAUGACAUACCCAAUCUGUACGCUACUGGAGACGAAGCCAAGACCAUCUCGGUCCGCUAUCCUGUUGGCACAGCGCUCAUCAUCUACCCUGAAAGUUGCUUUUUUGCGCCAGGUGUUAAGCCCUGGGUCAUUUGUUUGUUCACGUCUGCCGACUACGGCAGUCGCGUGGAUUCGCCCGAAAUGAUUCUCAAUAACACCAAUGCCGCUCUUCAUGAUCUGCGACAGAAGCUUGAUAAUGCGGGGAAAAGGCGGCAUUCUGGACUUCUUGUUGAUCACCUUUGGGCAUGCCGAUUCAAUUCGGGGCUUUUUGGUAUUCCUUGGGCGAAAACGAGGGAGCUGAUCGACGGAGUUGCCUUGGGCUUGCCCCUCACCAUUGUUUACCCUCCAGACAAAGACGAAGAGGGCGAAGCCACGAAGAAGAAUGUCCUAAAUACCUAG